GUAACCGUGCCGGUGAAAAUGUAAACAAUUACCCACCACCAAAGAAAAUGUGUUUUUGUCCCUUUUCAUGUUAUUUAGAAUUUCUGCCAUAUGUUUUACUUGUAACUAUACCCUUUUUUGGUUCAUUCAGUGGAACUGAGCUUAUAUUACGACUGUCAAUCAUUAUUUUGGCGUUUAUCACAGCUGGAGAAUUCAUCCCAAACGUGAAGUAUGUGUUAGACAUAAUACCAAACUGCAAAGCAUGCCUCCUAACAGCUCUGGUAAUUUGCGUACCUCUGAGCGUGAUCCCCUACCCUGCAGUGUGGCUGUACGGUUGGUUACUAUGGUUAAUGGAGCCGGUUCUACUGUGCAUCGAGACCGUGCUGGCCCUAAACUUGGUGAUGCAGUUCAGUCGGAACUGUGCAGAAAAAAUUGAAGAAGAUGAAGAUGAGGCAUGGAAAUGGAAGUUACUCCUGACUUUGUUCUCUGCCGGGUGCUACGCGUUGUUGGCCGUCAUGGUGUUUAUCAUCUUCACAGAGGGAUCGGACAUUCAGUUCUGGCUGGUAAUGCUGGUUCUCAGCUUCAGUGUGCUACUGGCGGCACACAACAUGAUGUGGAUGUCACAUCAGGGAAUCAUUAGUGAUGUGGCGUUUGUGACGUUGAGUUCCAUGUUGAUAGUUUACGUGAUGAGGGAAGAAAUCGCCCUGGCAAAUCAUCCCCUUCAAAAGCCGAAUUCGUGGUACAGGUAUCAUGCCAAAGGGUCGUUGUGGACAGAAACAUACAAAGUUGUACAUAUGUCUUUAGACAGUGCCAAGCUAGCUAUGCUGUUUCUCCGUCGGUUUAUCAGCCCUCAGGUGAUGGCCCUGCUGUGCAUACGUCUGUACAGCGUUGUCUUUCUCAUGCAUAGAACAAUAAGAAACUGCGGUCUUGAGAAUGAUGACCUAGAACUGUCAGACGUAGACGAGGAUUCAUCACCAUGGCGAUCACCAUUCCUAGUGAAAGUUGCAGUAGUAAUACUAGUCACACAAUACACUACCCAACUGUACGAUCACAGCUGUAGUCAUAUCGCACCUGCCUGGCCCUGGUCAUUGCUGCCAAAUGACAUUAUAGUAGGGCGGGUGUUUCAGGUGUUGCUAGGCAACUGCUUCUAUAUUUGGACAUUAUAUCGAGCAGACGACUGGCAGCUGAGUGACUGGUUUUCAAACGAUUGAAAGAAAUUAGUACAAAAUCAUUUUAAGACCAUCAGAUCUACCAUAUUUGUUUGUGAGAUGUUACAUAUUUAUUUUUAUACAGAGUUUAACUCACAAUAGUUUGUGUUAAAUGUGUAAUAAUUAAUUUUGCUCUUAGGGCUUUUUUAUUUAGACAUAUAACCCACGGGGGGAAGGCACUUCUUAAUUAUGCCAUCCCCCUACAGUAGCAAAUUUACCCUUUUUGGGGUCCAAUUUAGUAAAAAUGACACCCACCUAUGUAUUAUAAAAAUAAUUGCCUUACCCCACAGGUAAUAUGUUUGACGAGAAUAGCUCUUAGGCAGAACCCUUGAUUUGUAAAGGAAAUCACUUCUGUAGUCCGAAUUAAAUAUUAACAGUCCUGCUGAUUUCUUUCAUAUUCGGAAGAACACAACAUCAUCGGAAUACCUCUGACACAUCAAUACCGACGCUUGUGUUUGGUUAAAUGAUAAUUAAGUAUGUAAAAUGAAUGUGACAUCAGUGAUGCUUCUGCACUUUGAACAGCCAAUAUUUAUGACAACCUCAUAUCAUUGAAGCGUUAUUUUCCCACUUUUUUUUUUUGGAUUACCUCAUAGAAAAUUUGCAAAUAAUAAGUGAUAAUAUUAACAUUGAAUAUUUUACAAUAGCAAUUCAUCUGUGUAUGAAAACAUGCCCCAUUCUUGUGGGAUAAUCACUUAAAUAUUUUGCAAAUAAUGAUUGAAAAUAUUUGCAUUGCAUAUUUUAAAUUAGUGUUGCGUCUGUGUAUGAAAACAUUUCCCCAUUUUUAUUGGAUGAUCACUUAAUUUUUUUGCUAACAUUAAUUGAAAAUAUUUUCAUUGCAUAUUUUAGAAUAGGGUUUCAUCUGCGUAUGAAAACGUUUUAUUAUAUAGGGCCAAGAUAAAAGUGAAGGCCUAAUUGAACUUAAAUAACCUUGCACUGACCAAAAUACAAGGAUUAACCUAAAUCAGCCCUUAAAUAAUUGAACUGUAAUCAUUUGAAUGCAAUGUGUUGCUUAUGUCAACAACUAAUUUUUGUAACAACUUGUGCUAAGAAUCCUGUAAUGCUACGCAUAUUUUGAGUAGUUGUUGUAUUUGUUGAUUGGAGGAGUAAUCUUUUCAAUACCUCAUGUGUUCAUUAUCUAAGGCAAAUUAUAUAUGUGGAUUGUUUAUGGCAUAAUAUCUGGUCCCUGUUUCUCAAAAUUUCUUAAGCAAAAUAAGCUUAAUUAGUUUAUUUAAUUUCGCCAAAUUACUUACUUCAAUUUGAUUUUUUUAACAGCAGAUUAUUAAGAUUUUUUUACAUAUUUGUCUCAUUCUUAUUCUUCAGAGGUUUGAUAAUGAUAUAUCUGUGGUACACAUAGCAUCAUCACUCUAGUGUAUGAGAAUGGUACCAUAGCAUCUUCACCCUAGUGUAUGAGAAUGGUACCAUAGCAUCUUCACCCUCGUGUAUGAGAAUGGUACCAUAGCAUCUUCACCCUGGUGUAUGAGAAUGGUACCAUAGCAUCUUCACCCUAGUGUAUGAGAAUGGUACCAUAGCAUCUUCACCCUGGUGUAUGAGAAUGGUACCAUAGCAUCUUCACCCUGGUGUAUGAGAAUGAUUUUUCUUUAAAUGUCAACAAAUUACUGAACAACGAAACAAAAUCACAUGCUAUACCAAAUGUUAAAUGGUGAGUUUUCCAUAGCUUUAUCCUUUUACAUGUAACUUAAGAUGUUUCGUGAAAUCAGGGCCUAACAAAGUUAAGUUAUGCUUAGUUGUUAAACUGUUGAAAUCAUCAUCUUUCUUCUGUUUCUUUGCAAUUUUUUAACAGUAUAAUAAUAUCUGACGUCACCAGUGAAAAUGAUUCAUGUGGGGGAAACAACUAUGUUUCCAUUUGUGGCAAAGCAAUUUGUCGAAAAACAGGAAAUUACAGCCAAUUUGAAAACAAUCUUAGAUGUUAUUUUUAAGUAAUUGAAUGCAUUGUGAUCACUUGUUAUUUUAAUCCAAUUGCUUAGAUACAUUUCAGACUUUCUUGAACACAGUUAGGACUUCACCACCAUAUUGUCAUAGCUAAGGUGUCAUUGGCAGCAGAGAUCUGCAAAGAUUUGAAAAAUGGGAAUAACAUUCAAGAUAUUCCCAUGAAACUUAGUAUAUAUGUUAUCAAUGAUAUUACACGUGUGUGAAGUAAGUGUUAUAACUCUGGCUGUAUAAUUUUAAGCUUGUCAUUUUAUCAAAGAAAAAAGGCAAGUUAUUGUUAAAGCCUUGGUGUCGUGGUCUUCGUUGGUGGGCAAAAUCUUUUAACUUUGCCCAUUACUUAAAUAACCUUCCAAGAUAUUAAAAUGCAACUUGGUACAAAGGUUGGGACUGACAAUUCACAUAUGUACAGCAAGGCCCAUAAUUCUGGAUUUAAUAAUUAUCGAGUUAUGCCUCUUUUUAACUGAAAAUCAACAGACGAACGUUAAACAUAUGCACUUUCUUCAAGUCGCUUUUUUUUGUAAGCUAUGCCUCUUGGUUGACUGAUUAAAAACUGCUGAUCUUUCACUUGCUGUGCUGUUAUGUCUGUUUGUGUUUUUCUAUGACUUCUAUGUUGUUGUUUUUUGUAUUUGCAUAUCGAUGGCACCAAAUGAAAAACCAGUAAAUGCCAAAAUGGUACUUUUCAGCAGAGACAAAAAACUGAUAAGUGAAAAUUCCGAACCUGUCUUCUUGUUUUUAACAAUGUUAAGGGUAAGCGAACAAAAUUGAUGUAAUAAUCAAUUUUAUAUGGAAUUGAAACUGUCUUGCGCUAAGCCUGCAAAUACCGGAAUUUUAUUCAUCCAAUGCACUUGCCACUCUUUAUCAUAUGGUGAUUUUUUUGCCUUUUGAUUGGCUCUUGGAAUGAGUGUUUUCUCAACAGAAGCGCGAAAUUAAGAAUAUUCAAGAAAGUUAAUUAAAAUAAAUUGCGCCAAAAUCUAUUUACUGGUUUUUCAUUUUCAUUCGGUGCCAUCGAUAUUUUGUAUGCAUUUGUGUUAACUUUUUGAAAUGAAUAAUACUCAAGAAUGAAAAAUACCUGAACUUAAUUGCAAUUGCUUUUGUCAGAUCACUUUUGAAGAAAAUACAUUGUGUGUUAAAUAGAGAGUUUAUAAAAUAUUGUUGUAUUUCAGAAACAAAGAAAUGAAGUCAUAACCAAGUCAAAACACAUGUGCAUUAUAUUUGAGUUGUUAUAUAAUGUGACACAACUUCAUCAGGGGGACGGGAUGGGUUGACGGGGGUUGAAUAGUAUUCCAUGAAAUCUAACAAACACUAUGUUCCAGAAAAAAUACUUUAAAAGUAGAUGUGUACAUAAUAGCAUUCUUAAAGGCAAUAAAAUCAAUAAAGUAACCUUUAUUGGAACAUAAAAUUUUGUGGUUCAAGGGUGGAGCACUUUUAUUUACACUUUCUGAGUUUUAUUGUAAAACAAAUGUAAUUAAACGGACCAUGAAGGUCUUUGAAAAUUUGCGCUAUCUUGAAAGAACUGUUUUAAAAGUGGAACAUUAGUUUUGAUUACAUAAUUUAUCUUCUCCCAAACAGAUCCCAUUUCUUUUGAAAAUCUCAUCUAUUGCAACUCAUCUAUUGCAACAUAAAAACUACGAAGAUUUCCCGGAACAAUUUAUGAACCUGCCGAAUAAGACGGUCCCAUAUCUAGUUAAUUAUCAAUUCACACGCUUAAUUGAAUUAGGAAUCCAGGAUAUACACAGGGAAAACUUGACGGAUUGACGAAUGACAAACAAGAUUUGGGAUUUCUUUCGCUUUCCCAAGGGAAAUCUCAAAAUAAUAGAAUCUAUUAAUUCUGCAGCCUCAAAUUUAAAUUGAUAUGGCUUAGUUUUAAAGAUUUUCACGCAACUCAAUCAGUCGGAGGGUUUGAAAGUUUUGGAAAUCGUGCCUUGGAAGCAUGAAAUCAAUAUUAUAAUUUUCUCUAUUCUCCAUUCAGGAAUUGAAACAGUUCCAUUUGCAUGAUUCGUGUAUUAAGAGCCGAUUACAGUGAUCAACUUGUUGUUUUAUAAGGUAGAAAUACUGUGUUUUCUGCACCUUUCUAUAUGAACCACUCUUCCAUAUUUAUUCAUGCUUUUCGGUAAAUUAAAACAAUGGUAUUUAUUGAGGUACAUCUCCUAUGGGAGUAAGCGUGCAUCUUUAGUUUGACUGAGACAAAAAUUUGCUCAAGGCACUUUUGUUUACUUCAGGAGCCAAAAUCAAUCCACCACAUUAUGGGAUGUCUUCUACUAAAUGUUUUUAUGCAGUUUGAUGCCUUGGCAUGUUUUAUAUAUGUUGUGUUAAUGAAAUAAAUAAGGAAUCUCUUA